AAAGUAUUUAGUGCGAAUCGGCACAAAUCUAUUACAAAUAAAGGAAAAAAUGCACGAUUGUGUCGAAUUCUCAAUGUUAAAAAGUUUCUUUUCACUUGCACCAGAUCGGGUCGUCGUGUGACGUAGUAUUAUUUGUUAUUUUGGACGGUUUCCCCGCGGUUUUAUUAAUUUAUUCGUCUAAUCUAACAAUAAUUUAUAAGGAACGCAAUAAUUUUGAGUUACCGAGAAAAGUACCGUUUCGUCUACGAACUCAGCUAGAAAUAGGUUAUGUUUUAAGUCGAAAACGUGACAAUUUGUAAUGAAUUUAUUGAAAUAUAAUUAAAAAAAACGUAAAUAAAUCAUGGCUGUGGACCAAUUCUGCCUAAAAUGGAACAAUUUUCAAGCUAGCAUCAUAUCAGCCUUCGAAAGCCUUCAAACUACACAAGACUUAGCAGAUGUUACACUAACCACAGAAGGCCUUAGUGUUAAAGCUCAUAAAAUAAUUUUAUCAGCUUGUAGUCCUUAUUUUCGAACCGUUUUUAAGGAAAAUCCGUGUUCUCAUCCCAUUGUGAUUUUAAAAGACAUUUUAUAUGAUGAUUUACUAGCAGUUCUUAACUUUAUGUACCACGGGGAAGUGUUAGUAACCAAAGAUCGUUUACAUUCAUUCCUACAAACGGCGGAAGUGCUUCAAGUCUCGGGAUUAUUGGGAUGUUCCGAUGUGGGGAAACCAAAACCUCCAAAGCAAAAAGAUUCAGAAUUACAACAAUCAGUAGCCAAAAGAAUUAAAGUAACACCUACGAAAAUCGCGAAAAAAGACUAUUUAAAACAAGACGAAAGAAAAACUAUUCAGGAAGCAGGACGAAAAGAAAUCCCCCUUGAAAAAAUUAAGGUGGAAGUUGAAGAAAGACAUCUUCAUCCCGACGUUAACGAAAACGUUGGGUUUUCAGCAAUUAGUGAUAAUAAACCAUCGAUUUUGGAGAGCGUUUUAGAAAAUAAGGAUACUUCAAGUAUUUUAGAAAGAUCUUUAUUAUCACACACGACAACUACAGGAUCAACAUCAAAACAUACUCAAAACGAUCAAACUCAAUCAACAUCAGAAUUGGCAAAACACCUCUCAAUACCUCGAGAUAAUUUAAAUAAUUCACCAUCAAUAGAUUUAUCGAACGAAUCCUGUGGCUUAAUAAAAGUGGAAGAAGAAUCAAUAGAAAUACCCCUCGAUCCAAGCGUUGCAACAGAAACAAUAACGCAUUUGCGAACUUCCCAAUCUCAACACGGAUCUCAAUGUGGAAAUUGUCCCCAUUGCGGAAAAACAUACUCAAAUCAAUCAGCUUUAAAAUACCACGUUAGACUGAUGCAUUCUGACCUGCUCAAUUUGUAUUGUUGCCAUUUAUGUCCUGAAAUUUUUGAUUAUCGGGAGGCUUAUAAACGACAUAUGGCAGAAAUACAUAGCCUUAGAAAUUAAGAUUUAAAUAAAUAAUAAUUUGUAUAUCGUAUAUUUACUAUUUUUUAUGAUCUUAUAU